AUGCUCGCCACAAUCCUCCGCGAGAUUGACGCCGGCAUCGCCAUCUUCAUCGCCGUCGCUACAGCCAUCCUGCUCAAGGAGUGCGCCGAGGCGGUCGCGGGCAGCGCUGGCGCGGGGGACCGUGGCUCGCUCGGAAUUGCCGCGCUGCUGCUGGUGUGCUGCGGCUAUCUGCCAGCGUUCUGCAAGUUCUCGAACGCUGUCCACGGCACCAGCGUCGAGGCCGCCGACUUCCACAGCUACAUGUUCUGGGAGGUCGCCGGCUGCAGGCUCGCCUCGCGCGAGGCGGCGCUCGACCGCGUGUACGAGUUCCACGCCUCCGACUUCUUCGCGCGGAUCGAGCCGCUGCCGGGCGCGGCGGAGGCGCUGCGGCUGCUGCGCGCAAAGUUCGAGCUGCACGUGGUGACGUCGCGGCAGAGCGACAUCGAGCCGCAGACGCGCGCCUUUUUGGCGCGCCACUUUGAGGGCCUCUUCACGGCGGCGCACUUUGGCAACCACUUUGGGCGCGAGGGCGCCAAGACGAGCAAGCCAGAGAUGUGCAAGCGGAUCGGCGCCGUCGCGCUGGUGGACGACUCGCUCACCUACGCGCGCCAGUGCGCCGCGGCGGGCAUCCCCACUCUGCUCUUCGGCGCCUACCCCUGGAAUGCGACCGACGAGGCCCUCGACCUGUCCAUCCGCCGCGUAGCGCGCUGGCAGGAUGUGCUUGCGGAGCUGCUUGUGAAGGGGCUGUGA